CCGUACCCCAUUUUUCCUCAGCAAUUUCCCAAAACGGGAUUGAUGCAACGGGUCAAAACUUCCAAUUUUUUUGAACCGAACGGUUGCUGCGCGUCCAUGUGUCGAAUUUUUGAAUUCAGACAAGUCCGUUGAUCCAAACAUGCGGCCCUGUUCAAAAACCUGUUCCCGCUAAAUACCAUCGCGCCGUUGCACCACCGUUGACGCCUCACCCGAAAUUCCAUGACAAAGCGUGGGGCUAUAAAAACAAACAGAUUUCUUGGCGGCCGCUUGAACAACUGUAAAAGUGGGCCGCCAGCAAAGAAGCAGCAACAACAAUAGCAGUGGCAGCGGCAGCGCUGCGACGCAGCCAAAACGAGAGUCGAGACGUCGCGUCGUCGGAGAUUUCACUUUUCGAUUCGGAGCGAGCGAGCGGUUGAACGGUGCGCAGCCAACGAUUUCUGUUUAAUUGAGACUGAAAGCCAGCUUAGAGGAGCACUUUGUACCUGACCCCAACCGAAGCGAGAAACACCCCGAGAAACCCCACGAUAACGAGAUGUACCGCGCCAGUGGACGAAUUAUGCAACAGCUGCGCCACAGGAUGCCCGCGCCAGAGGGUCGUCUGGCUGUGAGCCUGGCCGCGCCUGCGCUGAAAACUUUCACUCUGCGACAGCAGCAGAGGCAUGAACAGGUGCGCUGGACUGCAACGUCGACGGUGAGCAGCAAACAGGUGACGACACCGCCGCCCAGACACGACUGGAAUCGUGCCGUCAGCGAGGCGGAGCGAAUUGUCGGCUAUCCAACGUCGUUCCUGAGCCUGCGGUGGCUCCUGAGCGAUGAGAUCGCCAAUGUGGCGCUGCAUCUACGCAAACUGGUGGGCAGUGCCCAUCCCCUGAUGAAGACGGCCAAGCAUCUGCUCUACAAUGGCAAGAACACGAUGCAGGCCUGGGGACUGAUUGUGCUGCUGGUGUCCAAGGCAGCCGGACAUGCGCCCAGUGUGCCCGAUGUGGAGCAGGACAAGAGUGCCGGCGUCCUGCACUCCCAGCGCGCCCUCGCCGAGGUCACCGAGAUGAUACGGAUCUCCCAUUUGGUGCACAAUAGCGUGGUGAACCUGCAGUCCAGCACGGAGGCUGGCCAGGAUGCGGCCACCUACGACGACAUGUCGUUCGGCAACAAGAUCGGCCUGCUCACCGGCGACUAUCUGCUGGGACACUCGAGCGCGGAGCUGGCCAAUUUGCGCAACCAGGAGGUGGUGGAGCUCAUCUCCUCGGCCGUGCGGGACUUCUCCGAAUCGGAGUUCAUCGGGGAGCGGGACGAGCAGAACAAUCCGUUGCCCUACAAGCCGGGCACCUUCCAGCGACCCUCGCUGAGCGUGGCCGUGGACUUCAACGAGCACGACGUGAUGACGCCCAUGCCCAUUGCCCAGGUGCUGGGCAAUCCCGAGCAGGAGUGGGAGUGCCGGAACAUCCUGAAUGCGGGCAGCCUGCUGGGCAAGUCCUGCCAGGCCUCGCUGAAGCUGGCCGGCCAGAGCGAGGAGCUGCAGCGUCAUGCGUAUCGCUUUGGCAAGCAUCUGGCCCUCGCCUGGCAGGCCUGCCUGGACGCCGAGCCCUUCCAGUGUCCCACCCUGCCCCUGGACACCACCUUCAGCCUGGUCAGUGCCCCCGUGCUCUUCCACCUGGAGCACGAUCCCAGCCUGUACGCCCAGCUGGAGCAGGGCAAGCAGUCUGUGGACAACAUCGACUACGACAAGAUCCACAAGGCCGUCCUGGCCGGCCCUGCCCUGGCCAAGACCAAAGAGCUCCAGAGGAAGCACACGGCGGCUGCUCUGGCCGUGCUGCAGCACUUUCCGGCCACAGACGCGCGGCAGGCUCUGGAGAACAUCAUCCUGGCCAUGCAGGAUCUCUGACCAGCAGCAGGCACCAGCAUCACAAUUUCCAUGGGUUCAGGUUAUAGUUAAGUAAUAUUUAUCACUCCAUCCACAUUAAAGGGGACGGCUCACAUAAUACA